UGCACUCUCGCCAUAUUUUCAAUCGUUGGAAGCCCUCAGCCCUGUUUGCUGCCACUUUCGGGAGGAGAAGCUUUUGCCCAAAACAGCAUUAAGUUUGAAAACCUACUGCAACGGAUAAAAGGGGACAUCUGUGUUGGUUGGAGUCUGUUAAUUCAUUCUGCAACAAUGAACAUCUUCAGACUGACAGGGGACCUCUCUCAUCUGGCUGCUAUCAUCAUCUUGCUGCUCAAAAUAUGGAAAAGCAGGUCGUGUGCAGGUAUCUCUGGAAAAAGUCAAAUCCUGUUUGCUAUAGUGUUCACCACCCGCUACCUGGAUCUGCUCAGCACCUUCAUCUCCCUCUAUAACACAAGCAUGAAGGUGAUCUACAUCGGAUGUGCGUAUGCGACAGUCUAUCUGAUCUAUGUGAAGUUCAGGGCCACCUACGAUGGCAACCAUGACAGUUUCAGAGUGGAGUUCCUGGUUGUUCCCGUCGGGGGUCUCGCUGUUCUCAUCAACCACAGCUUCUCUCCUCUGGAGAUCUUGUGGACGUUCUCCAUCUACCUGGAGUCGGUGGCUAUCCUGCCUCAGCUCUUCAUGAUCAGCAAGACUGGCGAGGCCGAGACGAUCACCACCCAUUACCUGUUCUGCCUCGGCAUGUAUCGGACUCUCUAUCUCUUCAACUGGGUCUGGCGUUUCUACUUCGAAGGCUUCUUUGACAUGAUCGCCAUUGUGGCUGGAUUGGUCCAGACUGUCCUCUACUGUGACUUCUUCUACCUUUAUGUCACCAAAGUACUGAAAGGCAAGAAGCUGAGCCUGCCGGCAUAAAACGUAAGGAAGGAGAAGGAGACUCCCAGCAGACUCAGGGGGGUGUAGAGAUGACAUCAUGUCAUCUCAUGACCUACAGCAAAAAAUGCCUGAGACAAAGAACCAACUAUUUGGGGGGAAAACACUAGUCUUCUUGAUGUUGGCUGAUAGGGAAAAUGCCAACAAACAGCGGAGCUGAAAAAAAAUCAUACCCAGUCAACGUUUGGAUUUCUGUGUUCAGCAUCUUGCCUUAUACUUAUUUUCAUUGCUGUUCAGUUAGGAGGAAAGGCUUUUUUUUCUACAUGUGAGGUGUAUACGCUUGUUUUUUAUUUUUUUUAUAAUGUCACAAAUAGGGUCGUGUCUAAGAAGUACCUUGUUUGAAUUGGUAAUGAAAUGCACAAAUGUACAGUCUUAUUAAAGAAUGAGAUAAAGAGGUAAUGUAUCUGAGUGCCUGAUGAGGAUUAUGUCCACUUUCUCACAUCUUUUCUUUUUUUUACUUUUGGAUUAUUUUUGUCUGCAUAUACUGUAAUACAUGUAUCUUCUCAUGGAAAUAUUUAAGAUGCCAACAGCAACAGUUUCAACACCAACACAAACAUGCAUUUUGUAAAAACAUUGAUAUCUAAAAUUGCCUAAACUCUGUUUUAACAGUUGUCUUUAAAUCUGAAACAUUUUGUAAGCAGAUAAGAUUACAUGAUGUAUAGUUAAGUACCAAUUAAAUAAAUACUUUAGUGCCAGCAAUCUUUGGGACAAACAUGUCAGUAUUUUUGAAUGAUGGAGAUCUAUUUUGGAAUUAAAUCUUUCAUGUGUUUAUUGAUCUGUUUUCCUCAACUUGCUGUUAAAAGAAAUAAAACAUGCAUCAAGUGUUUUUCAGCUUUAUAUAUAUAUAAAUAAAUAUAUAUAUACAUAUUAUUUUUUUCACCCAAUCUAAACAAUGCUACAUCACAUUUUGGAUGUAGAUCAAGCACACAUUUAGUUUCUGCCAGUAUUGCACCCAAAAACCAACUCUUGAACGCCUUCCAACAGUGACUCGUUGGGUUUUCUCUAGGCCGAAAUCAAUAAAGUCAAGAGUAAAGCAAUAAGGAAUAGCUGAAUAAUGAUAAUUGACUGAGAAUCGUUCAGCACUUUGACUGGUAGUGAAAUUUCAAUUGUUAAUGGUAUGUCUGAAGAGUGAACAGUUUAACAGAUGUCGGUCUGUUGUCAGGUAGGGGGGAUCACUGUGUUCAAUGGGUGCAUUUCUAUACAAUUUUAAACGCCUCUUGUUUAACUUUGAGAGCCUCAGUCAUUCCCAACUUUUUGUCUUUUCAUUUUUUAUUUUUUUUUGCAUGGUGUCACCUCCAUUAAAGAUGUUUCUGAGAAUCA